GAGUUUGUGAGUGAUGCCCUUCUGGUCCCAGACAAGUGCAAGUUCCUUCACCAGGAAAGGAUGGAUGUGUGUGAAACGCACCUGCACUGGCACACUGUUGCGAAAGAGUCCUGUAGUGAGAAGAGUAUGAAUCUGCACGACUAUGGCAUGCUGCUGCCCUGUGGAAUCGACAAGUUCCGUGGUGUGGAGUUUGUUUGCUGCCCGUUAGCGGAGGAAAGUGACAAUCUUGAUUCAGCUGAUGCUGAAGAUGAUGAUUCAGAUGUCUGGUGGGGAGGUGCAGAUGCAGACUAUGCAGAUGGAAG